AGCUUUGAAAUGUAUUCUCAGACAUUCUCGGGUAUUCUCCAACACGGAGAAACAGAGGAAGGUUAAGAUGCUUUCAUUGAUUUGUCAGUAAAUAUCCGAUUAGUAUGUUUUUGUGGGAUUUUUUUUAGUGAUGUAACAGACAGUUAAAUAAUAAUAUGGGGAUGGGUUCCUUUGUGACAAAUGUGUAGGCCUACUCUUUAUGCCAUGGACUGGUGUUGUCACGUAUAACACGUCUCGGGUGAGGCAAUAGGAAGUAAGAGAAGGCAUUGCCAAUCGAGUUUAUCGGUCAUUGGAUGAAUCAUAUCAGAAUGAGAACGUGUGGCGAUUUCAGUGGAAGUAUCGGUAGUUUAAAACUUCAGCAAUUUCCUGACAUCCAUCUGUUGUUUGGAGUAGGCUACUGGAGACGGCAAGCAUUUAUGUCGAGGGAUUACAAUAUUAUAACAGAUCAGCAGGACUAGUGUUGCUACGGUAUGGCUGGUAGGACAAGAACAGCGAAACUAUCACUUUGUCUGAUCGUUUUGGUAACGGGCUUUGACAGAGCCCUCUCAAGUUCUGCCGCUCAAAGAUGUUUUUGCCAAGUGACAGGAAGCUUGGAAGACUGUGCCUGUGACGUUGAAACAAUAGACUCUUUCAACAACAAGCAGUUAUUUCCAAAACUUCAAAAGCUCAUCGCAACAGAUUAUUUCAGAUUUUACAAGGUGAAUCUUAACAAGCCAUGUCCAUUUUGGACAGACAACAGCCACUGCGGCCUCAGAGACUGUGCGGUGGAACCAUGCACACCGAAUGAGGUGCCUGACGGCAUUAGGGCAAGCAGCAGUAAGCCUAUUCAGGAUCCGUUAGAAGCCAGUGAGGAUUCGGAGGAGUGUGAGAAAGCAGAGCAACUGGGGGCUGUCAACAGCUCUCUCAGUGAGGACAGACAGAAGGCCCUGCAAGACUGGAACAGAUAUGAUGACGAGGAGGACCGUUUCUGCAUGGUCGAUGAUGAGGAGUCUCCUGAUAUCGAGUAUGUGGACCUUCUGCUCAACCCAGAGCGCUUUACUGGGUACAAAGGCCCUGAAGCCUGGCAAAUCUGGAACAGCAUUUAUGAAGAAAACUGUUUCAAGCCAUACACUGUGAGCAGACCCCUAAACCCUCUGGUGACAUACAGUGGGGAAAAUGAAGGAAGGGGUUUCUACAAUUGGCUGGAGGGCCUGUGUGUGGAGAAGAGAGCUUUCUACCGCCUCGUCUCCGGUCUCCAUUCCAGCAUCAACAUACACCUGAGCGCCAGGUACCUUCUGGAGGAUUCCUGGUCUGGACCUAAGUGGGGUCAUAACAUUUCAGAGUUCCAGCAGCGCUUUGACGAGAAGUUGACCAAAGGGGAGGGGCCCAAGCGACUCCGCAAUCUCUACUUCCUGUACCUGAUUGAGCUGCGCGCCCUGGCCAAAGUCCUUCCCUUCUUCCAGCUGCCCUCUGUACAGCUGUAUACGGGCCAACCGGAGCAGGACCAGCAGAACAAAGAGCUGCUGCUGGAGCUCCUCCAAGUGGCCAAGUCUUUCCCUCUACAUUUCGAUGAAACCUCAUUGUUUGCUGGAAACAAGAAAGAAGCGGGCAAGUUGAAAGAGGAUUUCAAACUGACAUUUAAAAACAUCUCUAGAAUAAUGGAUUGUGUGGGUUGUUUCAAGUGUAGGCUUUGGGGGAAACUGCAGACUCAAGGCCUUGGAACAGCGCUGAAGAUUCUGUUCUCGGAGCGACAGAUCGCAAGCCUGCCCAGGCCACAGGGCGAACUGCUUCCAUUCCAGCUCAGCAGGCAGGAGAUCGUGGCUCUCUUUAAUGCUUUCGGGAGAAUCUCAACCAGUGUAAGAGAGUUGGAGAAUUUCCGGUCACUGCUGUCGAAACUCCAUGACGAGAUGUGAUGAAAAGUCAUUGGCACUAGUUCACCUGCCCAACCAUUCUGCAUAGGGUGGCUGGAUCUGGUACAAAAGCUUAUGGAUUUAAGUCAUGUUUAUGUCUCUUGUAUAUUUCUCUGGAAUGUAAGAAGAAGAAAUUCAACUCAAAGCCACUCAAAAGACUGUAAAAAAACAACAACAAAAAGCAACAUGCUCUGGUCAUGUCAGCUGGCAUAAACAUAAACAACAUGCUCUGGUCAUGUCAGCUGGCAUAAACAUAAACAACAUGCUCUGGUCAUGUCAGCUGGCAUAAACAUAAACAACAUGCUCUGGUCAUGUCAGCUGGCA